GUGCGUGCGUGUGUUUGCCUUUACACGGACGGGAAUAAUGCGCCAGAGGAAGUGCGCCCGAUGUCCGUCUGCGCGUCCCAGCUUCCUGCUCUGUGGUAGCAGAGAAAAAAAGCUGCGGAUCCGCUUUCACACAGCAGCAUGGAUCCACAACACAAGACACUUUAGCACACACACACAGACGAACGGAGGAGGAGCAGCCGCGCCAUAUAAGCAGGAUCACCAAUACCAACAUGGAGAGCUGCAGUACGCUCUGGCAGUUCCUCCUGCAACUGCUGCUCGACCAAAACCACCGACAUCUCAUCUGCUGGACGUCCAACGAUGGCGAGUUUAAGCUGCUCAAGUCAGAAGAGGUGGCCAAGCUGUGGGGACUGAGAAAAAACAAGACCAACAUGAACUAUGACAAACUGAGCCGAGCUCUGCGUUAUUACUACGACAAGAACAUCAUCAAAAAAGUUAUAGGCCAGAAGUUUGUCUACAAGUUUGUGUCAUUCCCUGAUAUUCUGAAGAUGGACCCUGCUCCUGUGGAGUGUGGACGCAGCAGUGAUGAUUGCGAGUCAUCUGAAGCGGAGCCUGAGGAAGCGAGAUGCCAAUACCUCUGUACCGGCUCAAUCAAGACAGAGGCAAGAUUUAAUUGCCAUGAUGACACCUCUACGGUCAUCCGGUUCGUCACCAACCACCGCCAUUCCUCCAGCUCCUCCACACCUCCGCCAACCUUGACGGAAACCUACCAUUCGUCCAGGCUGUCGCCUCGCCAGGCCUCCCCCAUGCCAAAAAGCCCCAUCCAUACAGAGACUGACCAGUCCCAUCAGGACGCUUUGCCUUUGAACCUGUCAUCUGGUCAGAGGGAACGAGAGAGGUCACAGAGCAUUAAGAGCAAAAGUUCUAAAUUCAGGAAACGCACAGAUCUGGAAAUCUCCUCUCCCUCCUUCGGCCUGACAGGAAGUGAUCUUGUAUCCAUCGCCCUCAAAAGCCCAGCACUUCCAUCUGGGUCCUUGACUCCUGCCUUCCUCAGUGCACAGACUCCAUCUGGUCUACUGCUCAGUCCGACUUCUUUGCUCUCCAACAUCCACCACUUCUGGUCCAGCUUGAGUCCAGUGGGACCUACAAGCCCCGCCCACCUACAUAACCACGCCCCUCUCUUUCAGUUUCCCACCUUGGUAAAUGGAUCAGUUGCUUUGCCCAAUGUGGACGCUCCUUCUCCUUCGCUGCUCUCCUCUUCCUCACACAAGUCCUGCUGAAGACGAGCUUUUUUUGAAGUCUAUGUCAUCUUAAGGUGUCUUAAGGAAAAUAGAAAUGUAAGCUGACAUGCUUCAGAUAAUACAUUAUUAUCAUUUAAAUAAUUUAUAUGUUUAAAAUGGGAACACAAUUGAAGUUUUUGACGCAGCUGUGUUUAAAAAACAGUUAAGUGACCUGAAAAAGCUGAUGAUGUAAAGAGCUUUACAUUUCUGCUUUUUAUCUGCAGUGCCUUCUAAGAUGCAAGUACAUAUUUUAGACUCUAAUCAUGACACAAAAUUUAAAAUGCUUAUUUUUAUACAGGAAUAAAUAGUUUAACAAAUUGUUUGUGUGUGCAGUAUUCAUACAAUACAGUAGUAAAACAUCUGCAAUUUAAAUUGUGUCGCAAUUUCAUUUUGUCGGCCCCUAGUGGCCGCUGACGGCAACUACAUUUAAUAUUGUUCAUUUUUGACAGACAAUUGUUAUGGUGAUUGUAGUUUUGGACGAUUGACACGUGUCAUGUGUUGGUACAGUUGAAAUAUGAUGUACAGUUUUUAAAAUAUGAUGUUUCGGGAAAGGAUGUUUUCAGUUCCAGAAGAAAAUGCUACACAGACGGAUUAUGAAACAGAUUCAAUUUAAUUCCAAUGGUUAUGAGAAAUAAAUAAUUCCAGUAAAAAGAGUCAUACACCAACUGUUUGCCGGCAGCUCAGUGUUUCCAAGGAGUUGUUCACAAAACACAGCAGGCCUUCCAUGCAGCAGGCGCACAUAUAGUAUACACACACACACACACACACACACACACACACACACACACACAUACUUUCAGACAUGGUCAAAGUCAGGACUUUCAUACAUUUGAAAAUGUUUACACUGAUAAAUAACGGCGUCGUAGAACUGUCCUAUCAUGCGUGUCACUGCGUUUCAUGUCAAAAUACAGACAUCAUGAAAGUUUGCAGUUAAUUGCAACACAACCUCACCUCCGCCAUUUUCUCGUUUGUGGUGAUGACCAUUAAUAUAAUGUCUUUUUUACCCCACCCAAGGAGAACAAAAUAAUUGUCACAUUAUUUGAAACAAUAUGGCUAUAACACCGACCAGAUUUAUUUGUAGAAAAAAUACUUCACUUUGCCAUAUAGUUUCAUCUAUUUCAUCAGGACAAAUACAGUGUGCUUACACAUUAGUACACCAUUAGCUGCAAACAACAAGUGGUAGUAGUCAUUACUGCACUGGUCUUGUACUCUAUCAGUAUGUAGAAACACAGUAAAGUAACUCUGCUCAGUCGCAAUACAUUCCAGGAGUCAUUGUAUUGUUUACACUCGGCUAUUUCUUUGCUACUGUGAGUGCAUGACUUGGUCUCGCUGCCUUUUUUUGUGUUUUUUUUUUUAGAUAAAUAGAAUAUCUCCUGUAUUUGAAGGAAAAUCUACUGGAAAAAUACAAAUUGCAGGAAUGCCAGGCACACUUCAGAGUGCGAUGACAUUUGCGGGAAAUGAGAUUGUAGCGUCACCGUUGGUUGCAAACACAGCAAAGCACAUCCGUUAGAAUCUACAAUGUGCACUUCGAAAUGUAACUACAUUAUUGGGUUGGGUGGAGAAGCCCUGCUACUCCCCCUCAAUCCCAACUACGCCAUGCCACAAUAACACUGUAGCUUCACAGAUGUAGGGAACAUCUCUUAAUACUGUUGGGUAAACUCAGCCAACACCUUGCAAUAUUAUUUAAAAAAGAAAGUGCAAGUUAAACAUAAAGUUAGAGAGAGCGAGGAUGUGUUGUGUGAAUUCUCUAUUAAAAAACUGUUACAUCCCGCAGGAAGUUGGCUGACCGACUUCCUUGUUUUGCCUCACUGCCUUUCUUCUAGGUUUCCUACUUACUUGCCAAAAACAUCCUGACUUUUGGUCGCAAACCUGAGCCAGUAGGAAGGAGUAUCAGGGCCACACUGUCAUGAAAAAUAAGACUACCAGAACAAAGUCAUAGAUGUACGAGAAAAAAGUAGUAACUACAAGAAUAACAAAUUUUAUGGACAAUAAAGUCAUAAAAUUAGGAAGAAAAUGUCAUUUUCCGAGAGUAACAUUUGCAAUAUGGAGAGAAAUAAGUUGGAAUGUUAUCCGCAUAAAGCCAAAAUACAGUAAUCCAUGUUUUCAUUCAUUCAUUCAUUCAUUCAUUUUCUACCGCUUUUUAUUGCUGUUAAUUGGUUUCAGACCUGAAGUUAAUUUCCGCUAUUAAUUGAAUAUUUUUGUAGCUAGAGCACAGAAAACCUAUUUAAGACUUUAAAUACAAAUUCAAACAUUAUUAGAGCAUUAUUAACACUGGUAUUACCCUAUAUAGUAGAUAUAACAAUAGAACAUAAGAUGUACUUCCUGUGGUGGUUGUUGUCUUAUCAAUGUAACAUUAUUGACACCCAGUGGCCAGUGAGAACGCUACAUACCACAACUGUCUUUCAAUACAUAAUUUCAAUGCCUUAUAUUUAUAUUUUUGUUCAUUUUGAUGCUUGAAAAUGCGCCGUUUCAGCCCAAGGUAUCCAUCUUUUGACUAACAACAGGACGUGGUCAACCAGAAAACAGUGAUGAUUUAUAAAUGAUAUAUUUUGAAAAAACAUGUGAAAGUGAAGCCGUGAAGUGAACCGCAAUGUGUUUCAUUAUGAAAAUUAUGUCCAAAAA